GAGGCCGUCGCCGUCGUCAACGUCAAGACCGCAAGAACACAAACAUGGCACGAGGACCCAAAAAGCACUUGAAGCGUCUCGCCGCUCCCUCCUCAUGGAUGCUGGAUAAGUUGAGCGGUACUUAUGCUCCCCGCCCCUCUCCUGGUCCCCACAAGCUCCGCGAAUCCCUCCCUCUCACUAUCUUCCUGCGUAACCGUCUGAAAUAUGCUUUGACCGGCCGCGAGGUGCUUUCAAUUGUCAUGCAGCGAUUGAUCAAGGUCGACGGCAAAGUCAGGACCGACCCCACUUACCCUGCUGGUUUCAUGGAUGUCAUUUCGAUUGAGAAGUCGAACGAGCACUUCCGUCUCCUCUACGACGUUAAGGGCCGUUUCACCAUCCACCGUAUCACCCCGGAGGAGGCUACCUACAAGCUCCUCAAGGUCAAGAAGAUGGCCAUCGGUACCAAGGGCGUUCCUUACGUUGUCACUCACGACGGCCGAACCAUCCGCUACCCCGAUCCUGUGAUCAGGGUCAACGACACCGUCAAGUUCGACCUUGAACAGGGCAAAAUCACCGACUUCGUCAAGUUCGAUACCGGUAACAUUGUUAUGAUCACUGGUGGCCGUAACAUGGGUCGUGCUGGUGUCAUUGUUCACCGUGAGAAGCACAUUGGUGGCUUCGAUAUCGUUCAUGUCAAGGAUGCUCUUGACCGGACGUUUGCCACCCGUGUCACCAACAUUUUUGUCAUUGGUGAGGGUACAAAGCCCUGGGUAUCACUCCCCAAGGGCAAAGGUACCAAGCUUACCAUUGCGGAGGAGAGAGAUAUCAGGAGGAGACAGCGGGCGGCCGAGCAGUAAGCUUGUGGUGUUUUCUCUUUUCCAUCCCUAUCCCGGUUACCUGCAUAUGCCAUGUAUUGUAUGCCCUUCCUACGACGCUAAAACCACGUGCAUGCAUUCUCCUCGGCGCGGUCACUUUUGAUCCCAUGUCACCUACAUCGACAGUAAUCCAUUCGGUUCGUCUCGUGGUCACACUUCUUUUGAAGCCUUAUAAGCUACCGCCGGAGCACCUGGCGGCGCAAUCGUAGUCAAGCUGAGCAAGCCACGACGGUUACGGUCGGUUCGGCUGCUUAUGUUGGUGUUAUCCCCAUUGAACUUCUCAUUC